UUCCUCCCUUAAAAAAAUAUUGAUCCCUCUUUCAAUUUCACAGUUUUUUUUUCCUUUUAAUAUUUAUGUUGUCGGUCAGAAUUUCCACAGAUCACGUAAAUGUCAUGUAAAACCCGUCAUUGAUAACUAUCGUAUAGCAGAACAAACAGACAAUAUAGUUCUGAAUUGUAACAGUCUGGAUAACGGAUCCAAAGAAGGGAACUGUACAAAAUAUAUGUUGAAUCUGGAGAGAUGAAGAAUGAGGUUUCCCAAGACUUCCUGGUACAACCGUAGUAAGGAAUCCAGAAACCAUGGGGGAACUCUUCCGAAGUGAGGAGAUGACCUUGGCCCAGCUUUUCCUUCAGUCUGAAGCUGCUUAUUGCUGUGUUAGUGAACUGGGAGAGCUGGGGAAAGUCCAGUUUAGAGAUUUAAAUCCAGAUGUCAAUGUAUUCCAGAGGAAAUUUGUCAAUGAGGUCCGAAGAUGCGAAGAAAUGGACCGUAAACUGCGGUUUGUGGAAAAGGAGGUGAAGAAAGCAAAUAUUUCAAUCCUUGACACUGGCGAGAACCCAGAAGUCCCCUUUCCUAGGGACAUUAUUGACCUUGAGGCAAAUUUUGAAAAGAUUGAGAUUGAACUGAAAGAAAUAAACACAAACCAAGAGGCUUUGAAGAGGAACUUCCUUGAACUGACGGAGUUAAAAUUCAUUCUGCGCAAAACCCAGCAAUUUUUUGAUGAGGCUCAAUUGCAUCAUCAUCAUCAGCAGAUGGCGGAUCCGGAUCUUUUGGAAGAAUCCUCCACAUUGCUGGAGCCCAGUGAGAUGGGAAGAGGAGCGCCCUUAAGACUUGGCUUUGUGGCUGGAGUGAUUAAUCGUGAGAGGAUCCCAACCUUCGAGAGGAUGCUGUGGCGUGUUUGUCGUGGAAAUGUCUUCUUGCGUCAGGCACAGAUUGAAAACCCAUUGGAGGAUCCCGUUACGGGUGACAGUGUUCACAAGUCUGUUUUCAUCAUAUUCUUCCAAGGAGACCAGCUGAAGAACAGGGUUAAGAAGAUCUGCGAGGGGUUCCGUGCAUCCCUUUAUCCGUGCCCAGAGACCCCUCAGGAGCGUAAGGAAAUGGCAACUGGAGUGAACACAAGGAUUGAGGAUCUGCAGAUGGUGCUCAAUCAAACAGAAGAUCAUCGUCAGCGUGUCCUGCAGGCUGCCGCCAAGUCGCUCCGUGUGUGGUUUAUCAAAGUGAGGAAGAUGAAGGCAAUCUACCAUACUCUGAACCUCUGCAAUAUUGAUGUGACCCAGAAGUGUCUUAUUGCUGAAGUCUGGUGUCCUGUGGCAGAUCUCGAUUCCAUUCAGUUUGCCCUUAGAAGGGGAACAGAACACAGUGGCUCCACCGUCCCCUCAAUCCUAAACAGAAUGCAGACCAAUCAGACUCCCCCAACAUACAACAAGACCAACAAAUUCACGUACGGCUUCCAAAACCUUGUGGAUGCCUAUGGCAUUGGCAGCUAUCGGGAAAUAAACCCAGCUCCAUAUACCAUCAUCACAUUCCCAUUUCUCUUCGCUGUGAUGUUUGGGGACUUUGGUCAUGGGAUUCUAAUGACUCUAUUCGCCGUUUGGAUGGUUGUAAGAGAGAGCCGAAUUCUGUCCCAAAAGAUUGACAAUGAGCUCUUCAGCAUGAUGUUCAGUGGACGAUACAUAAUUCUGCUUAUGGGUCUCUUUUCAACAUACACUGGCCUCAUCUACAACGAUUGCUUCUCCAAAGCUCUCAAUCUGUUUGGUUCAUCAUGGAGUGUAAGGCCGAUGUUCACAGACACUUGGUCAGAAGAUCUUCUGAAGCAUACCUCUGUUCUACAAUUGAAUCCAAAUGUCACUGGAGUAUUUAAUGGACCUUACCCAUUUGGUAUAGAUCCGAUUUGGAGCUUAGCAACCAACAAGUUGACAUUCUUGAAUUCCUUUAAAAUGAAAAUGUCUGUGAUCCUUGGAAUUAUUCAUAUGAUUUUUGGAGUUGCUCUCAGCGUCCUAAAUCACAUUUACUUCAAGAAGCCUCUGAACAUCUACCUUAGUUUUAUACCAGAGAUGAUAUUUAUGACUACUCUGUUUGGUUAUCUGGUCAUACUUAUAAUCUACAAGUGGUGUGCAUAUGAUGUAUCAACCUCCAUGGUUGCACCGAGUCUCCUUAUUCACUUCAUCAACAUGUUCCUCUUCAGCUACCAAGACACCAGCCUGCCUAUGCUCUACAAGGGCCAGAUGGGGUUGCAGUGCUUCCUGGUUGUAUGUGCAAUUAUUUGCGUACCCUGGAUGCUUGUGCUUAAACCCCUUAUUUUACGCCGCCAAUACUUGAGAAGAAAACAUUUGGGUACGCAUAACUUCGGAGGCAUCCGCGUUGGUAACGGACCCACAGAGGAAGAUGCCGAAAUCAUUCAGCAUGACCAGCUUUCCAUGCACUCAGAUGAAGAAGAAGAGCCUGCCAUGGAAGAAGUGUUUGAUUUUGGAGACACCGUGGUCCAUCAGGCCAUACACACCAUUGAAUACUGUCUGGGUUGUAUUUCUAACACCGCCUCGUACCUCCGACUUUGGGCAUUGAGUUUGGCACACGCACAACUGUCAGAGGUUUUAUGGACUAUGGUCAUGCACAUUGGCCUAAAUAUCCGAAAUCUGGGUGGAGGCAUCGCCUUGGUCUUCAUCUUUUCUGCAUUUGCCACCCUGACCAUCGCUAUCCUACUUAUCAUGGAAGGACUGUCGGCUUUUCUCCACGCUCUUCGAUUGCACUGGGUGGAAUUUCAGAACAAGUUUUACAUGGGCACCGGGUUCAAAUUUCUGCCGUUUUCAUUUGAGACAAUCUGGGAAGGGAAAUUCGAUGAUUGAAGUUGUGUUGUUUGGUCUGGUGGAUCCCCCUGUGAUUUAGUGAGAUCUCCUGUGAAGUUCUUGUUGUGCUGCCAGUGAACCCUCCUUUGCCCGACCCUCCGCCAUGUCUCACCCACGUUACAAUAUCGUUUCUUGUGCCCAAGCCUUUGCUCACGGCUGCUAUAGAAAUAUUGCAUUUGCAGGGAAAGGCUGCUAUUGGCUGUUAAUCUGGGAUAAAACUGCCCCCAAAGCUACUGCCAUUCUCUGGGGUCUGUGUUUCACUAGAGCCAAGGCAGUUUUUAGUAAAUAAUGGCACAUUCCCUUUGCACUACAGAACUUUGUGUUUAUCCCUCACUUGCCCUUUUAUUCCUAUUUCAUGUCCAUUGUUACACGCAGUAGUGAUUGCGUUUACUCGUUUUCCAUGAGUGCAGUAGAGUCAGGCUUUUGGUUCUGCUACGGGGCAUUUCCAUACCAACGAAGAAACUUAGCAACCAGUUUAAUGUCUUUAUAUGUCGGAUAAAUCAUCAGCCGGUCAGUUAGAGAAGUGUCAGAGACUUGUAUUUGCAUGUCUAUAUAUCUACACUUACAGCUGUAUGUAUAUAUGAAUCUAUAUCAUAUAUAUGUAUAUAUAGGUAGCACCCCCACAAAGGGACGUUAAAUGAUCGUAUUCCGUUUCUCUAUUAGCCAAGUGAAGGUUCUUACAUCCAAUAGGGCACUUGCAGCUCAUGUCCCUUAAUGAUGACGUCAUCAGACGCAUGACCAGUAAUGAGCUGCCCCAGAGCUGCCUGAUCUUGCUCAGUGCUGCCACCUUCAGGCAAAGAAGAAAUAAACAAGGUUGUGUGUAGGGGGCAAUUCAUUGGUUUGAACAAGUGGGGUCUUGCCAUGUUUUUGUGGCAUUUGUAAGGGAAACCAUUCUCUGGGGUUUUCUCUAUGGCCAGAGCUGAUGAUCUGGAGACAUUGGGGAGUCACUUCAGUUGUUUUGAUGCAGCAUUUAUUCAUGGGUGAGAAACAUGGUGGCCAAAACUACAGACAAUCUCCAUGUUUGCAAUAGGUCAUAUGAUCCUUGGAGGCCCAUCCGUUGUCUUCAUAACAUGGAGAGAAGUUGCACUGAAACUCCCAGUUGUUCCUACAGAUCUAACCAUUUAUUCCUGUGCAGCCCAUUGCUGGUGUGUAAAGGCAAAGUUUGGGCCUUCAGAACCUGAUGGAUCUCUGUGAUGGACAGAAAACCUGCACUCCAGCAGCUGGUGGGAAACUACAACUCCCAGCAUCCCCUUGCAGCUGAUUUGGCAGGAGGUUGCUGGGAUGUGUAGGUUUAUGUUUCCCUAGCCCUGCUGUAACUGAAUGGAGCCUCCCUCAUAUAUAUAUAUAUAUAUUUAUAAGCACAAGCCCAACAUUGAUGGCCGUUGGAUAUGAUGAGGUUUAAUGGUUGGAGUAAUUGUGUCCUUUCUUCCCAUAGAGAUUGUUUUACUGGCGGCCACAGCAGCAGAGCCUGAAUAUCCACAAUAUAGAAACUGUUAAUAUAUUUAAUAAGAAGGUUUGUUUUAAACAUUUAACAUGACAGUUGCUGUGUAAGUGUAAGUGUGUGUGUGUGUUUUAUCCUGCGUCAUGUUCAUAUUCCCAGUAAUGAAGGAAAGAGGGGGGGUGCGCUGUACCUCUGCAGCUGGAACCCCACUCUGUGUUUACACUAGUGACGCCGCUCCCCACUCCGACACCAACGUAACCCUCACAUUGUGACAUUCUCAUUGUGCAAAUAAACUCUGUAAUUUAUGAUUUCCA